AUGGGCAAAGGGACUGGGGACUCUGUGGACAACACAUUGCUGCCGUCAAAGCAGCAACUUCUCCAGAAACAAUUCACAGACACAUACCAAGAGAUCCAAGCACUCAAGCAAGUGCUUAAGGGCUAUCUCCACAAGGAAGACAAUAAUACAGCGUCGAGCGCGGACGUGUCGUCGUCUGAAGCUGUAGCAUGCAACCCCUGUCCCCAUGAAAAAUCGGCCGGUCAGUUCAAGUUCAAACCGAGCAAAACGUCGGAGAGAAUCUUGGCCCAGAGCCAGCAGGGUAAAGUGCCGUUUCUCGAGCGCGUCAAGUUGCAGGCACACAAGCACGAGCAGACGGCAAAGUCGCUCAAGGAGCAAGUGCUGGCAGUCGAAGACGUACAAAUGACGUUUACCCCGUCUAUUAAUCCCAAAUCGAAGCGCAUGGAGCGACGAAUAGACCACUUGUGGUCGUGGGAGCGAGACAAGCAGGUCAAAGUCGAAGCCCGGAGGAUAGCAGCGGUGCAAGACGAGCUCGCGCAAGUCACGCCCGUCCCAGUGUGCAGCGCCAAGUCCAACCAAAUGCUCCAACGCUGUUCGAGUUACACCAAGCAUUCUGCCGCACGACCGAUCAAGGUCGAAGACAGGCUGCAGAGGUAUGGGGCGACGAUCUCGGCCAAGAAAAAGGCGAGGCGGCGAGAGCCCCCUUGUCCGUUUCAGCCCACGCUGUCGUGCCAUUCGGCCAGACUCCAGCGCGACGGCGACGUCCACACCCGGCUUUUCAACCUCGCUGCAAAGGAACCUCCUCCCCAGCCCUCCAUCACGGCUAUGCCGCAUCGACGACCGCCCCCCACUACCCCCCUGGACGCGCACACAGCCCAGCUGUGCACUCGAUUGCACGAAGAAGCCACCGUGAACCAGGAAAAACUGAAACACAUUCGCGCCGCAGAAGCACGAGACUUGGAUAUGCUCAGGAACACCCCUAAAAUCAGCGCCACGAGCUUGAAGCUGGCACGUCAACACCACACGAGCGGUCGGAAGGCACCAACCAGUCCCCCCCCGCCCCCCCCCAAACAGCCAGUGCGAACGAUGCCCCUCAAGGAAGCCGAGCAGGUUUACCUCAAACAAGUGCAGUGGAAAGUGCAAAAGGAAGCCAAAGCGACCCAAGAGCGCGAGGCCCAACAGCAGCACCAGAUUGCCCAAUGCACGUUUUCCAACCCGUAUCGAACCGAGGACGAGGAACAGUGUCCAGUGAAACCACAACCCAACGACACGUACUUUCGAAAGGCCAUGGACUGGGAGCGACGACGGCAGCAACUCGUGGCCGAAAAGCAGCAACGCCUGUUGUUAGAUGCAUUGAAAGAAUGCACAUUUCACCCCCAUACAAACCCAAGCCCCCAAGACCAGCAACGAGAGGCGAAACGGUCAACGCUCGAGUCGAUGCUGUCCAUGUUUCGACAUGAACAAGACGAGAAUUGCCUACGAACGCCCCCUAAACAAGUGACAGACGAGCCGACCUGCACCCAAACCCUGGGAGGCGUUCCCAGGUACACACCAUAUCCUCAUCCUAUGUAGUUCAAACUAUACUCCAUUUAUUACUAUGAUGAUUCUAUGAACGAUGUAGUCGAAACAGUUUGCGCAUUUCAGCGGGCGACGAUGCGCGGAUAUUGCCGCCUCCGUGGGAAGAAUAUGUGACUGAAGAUGGCUUUCUGUACUACGUCAACACGUUGACGCGGGCGUCGCAAUGGGACUUUCCGUAAUAAUAAUAUAAUAAAAAACAGAAAAGAAAUAUUGCGAUAGUUUUAC